UCUACGCAUGAGGGUAGAGUAAGGAGGAAGCCACGUUGACACAAAGUGGUGUUUUUCCUCAUUCAGCACCGGCGAAUAACGGCAACGUCGCUUCAUUUGUCAGGUACAGCACUUGAGUUGGAUCAUUUAAGAGGGCAGACAAGCCACAUCAUCUGGCAGGAUGAGUGUUGGAUUCAUUGGAGCGGGCCAGCUGGCCCAUGCAUUGGUGAAGGGGUUUACAGCUGCAGGUGUGAUUGCCACCCAUAGGAUUACAGCCAGCUCACCAGACACAGACCUGCCCACUGUGGCAGGGUUGAGGAAAAUGGGGGUGAACCUGACCACGAGUAACAAGGAGGCAGUCAGUAAGAGUGAUGUGCUCUUCCUGGCUGUGAAACCCCACAUCAUCCCUUUCGUCUUGGAUGAGAUUGGACCAGAUAUCGAAGACCGCCAUCUCAUAGUCUCCUGCGCUGCGGGUGUCACCAUCAGCUCCAUAGAGAAGAAACUUCUUCAGUACCGUCCAGCUCCUAAGGUGAUGAGGUGCAUGACUAAUACCCCAGUGGUGGUGAGAGAGGGAGCGACUGUGUAUGCAACAGGAACACAUGCAGAGGUGGAGGAUGGAAAGUUACUAGAGCAGCUGAUGGCCAGUGUGGGUUUCUGUACCGAGGUGGAGGAGGACCUGAUUGAUGCCGUCACUGGGCUGAGUGGCAGUGGACCUGCCUACGCGUUCACAGCACUGGAUGCCCUCGCAGACGGUGGAGUGAAGAUGGGCCUGCCCAGGAGACUGGCUGUCAGACUUGGAGCUCAGGCCCUAUUGGGAGCAGCGAAGAUGCUGCUUGACUCAGAGCAGCACCCCGGCCAGCUGAAGGACAAUGUGUGCUCACCAGGGGGCGCCACCAUCCACGCCCUGCACUUCCUUGAGAGCGGUGGCUUCCGCAGCCUCCUCAUCAAUGCUGUGGAGGCUUCGUGUAUUAGGACACGGGAACUGCAGUCUCUGGCCGACCAGGAGCGUAUUUCCCCAGCAGCCAUUAAGAAAACCACACUGGACAAGGUGCUGCAGCAGCCCGGGGUCACCGUCAGUGGAGUCGCUAAUGGCAACGGCAGAUCAGGACUUAGCCUCUUCAAUAGUCGCAGUCCAGGUGUCAAGAAGAAGAACUGAGAAUGCACAGAAAUACAGGCGCACACACAUACAUACACAUACACACACGCACACACACAACACAUUCAUGUUAGAGAUUUAAUUGUAUAAACUUGUAUACAUGGUUGGAUUUGCAUACAUAUUACACGGCCAUCCAGCCACACAAUUUGAAAAUGUAGUAUGGACUAUGAUCUGUAAGCAGAUGCCAAUGCCAAAUUACUCCUUUUGUGAAUCUGAAUGAAAUGCAGACAGUGGCCCGGGAGUCUCACCACUUCCACACACUCAAGUGUAUUCUGGGUGUGGUGCGAAGACUUACAGCCUUAUGUUGUGACGCAGGAUUGCUGUGUACCUGCACAUUCAGAUGCACGCUGAAGAGCAAAAGUGCAUUUACAAGCUGUUGUCUGUCUGCCCACUAUUCAGGGUUGUUACAUGGUGAUGGCCUGGUGGGCCAUUACAGGACGCUGAGAUACACCAGGCAGCAGAUGGCAGCUGUAAUACCAUCAUGGUGUUAAAUGUGCAUCUUUAAUGUGUUUUUUUUUUUUUUUUUUUUUUUUUAUAAUGGUGAAGCCACAUAACACAUAAAGUAACACCUUUUUGUUGUUCUUCUUCUUCUGCCCUCUUGUAAAUUAUUUUAAUCUUUUUCUUUGGCCAAUAACGCUGUACUGUUGACAAAGACUGAAUCUGGAUUCAACAAAAAUGGGAUUCUUUAUUUAUGUAGACACUAUAUCCUCUAUGGAUAAUUAUUGUAAUUUUUUUCAGUGUUACAGUGUGUCAUGGGACACCAUGUCUUUGACUGUGUGACCCAGGAAAUAUUUCUCAUAUGUCAAGGUCAUUGCUUUAUUAUUAAGCUUUAUUACAUCUCUGAUGUCAGUUUCUUUAUCAGGUCCCUCUCUUUUACCUCCUGUUAGUCUCUGUCAGUCUUAUGGACUCUGUGGAUCUAAAAACCCGAAUGCAAACUGUCAUGAACUUCGUGAUGUUUCUCACUAUGAAGACACUUGUGAUGUUUUCUCUCCAAAGAGAGUGUGAUGUUAUUGCCUGAAAGUGCUAAUGAAAAACUUUUCUUCAUAUCAACUAUGAAACACUUGAAGAAUUAAAUUUCAGUUUUUUGACAGAUAAUGAACUAACAAAGCCUCAGUCCGUCCGAGUUGUGUAUUUUGUAUUGAGUUUAGAUAUAUAUUUCUACGCCUGUAGUCAUACGUGAUAUGUAUUGUCCUGUUUGGCAUAUCAGCUGAUCUGCCAGCCAAAAACAAGUCAAUAUUAAAGAUGCGUAAUCAAAUCA